AAGCGUCGACAGUCGUGCAUGGAACGCAGACAGCGGCAGUAGUUCAAUAUUUAAAUACGGAGCAGUCGCCGUAAUUUAUAAAAAGCGCGCCUGGUCAGCUACAUAACAAGUGCACGCAAUCCAUAUAUACAUCUAUAUAUAAACAUUUAUAACUGUCUUCUUUACAUAGCCAACAUGAGCGCCAAUGAGGACUAUGCCAUACGCCCGCUGAGCGCUGAGCUGGCGCUGAAGGCGCAACAGGAACUGGGCGAGGUGCCCGAACGCAUUGAAGAGGACAUCAACAUGCUGCGCGCAUGGAUCUCAAAGCAGCCGCAUCUGAGCGCACGCCAGGAUGCACAAUUCCUAGUGGCCUUUCUGCGUGGCUGCAAGUACAGCAUAGAGAAGACGAAGCACAAGCUGGACAACUUUUAUGCCAUGCGUGGAGCAGUCCCCGAGCUGUACAAGAAUCGCUUUGUGGGCGAGAAACAAUUGGCUAUCUUUAAAACCGGCUGCCUGUUGCGUCUGCCCAAGCCGCUGACAAUCGAUGGUCCACGCAUACACAUAUCACGCUAUGCCCAGUACGACGCUGCUAAGUAUUCCAUUGCAGAGGUCAUGCAGGUCAACACAAUGCUGGGCGAAAUACAAAUACGUGAAGACGACAAUGCUAUGGUCUCCGGUUUUGUUGAAAUUAUCGAUAUGAAAGGCGUCACGGCUGGGCACAUGUUUCAGUUUGAUGUGGUGCUAAUUAAGAAGCUCGCAGUGCUGGGCGACAAGGCAUUGCCGUAUAGACCCAAAGGCUUUCACUUUAUCAAUGCACCUGCCACCGCCGAGACGGCCAUGUCCAUAGCCAAGAGCUUAAUGAGCGAGAAGAUACGCAAACGUUUUCAUAUACACUCCAAACUGGAUACGCUCUAUGAAUAUGUGCCCAAGGAGUGCCUGCCAGCUGAAUAUGGCGGCACCAAUGGCUGCAUACAAGAUGUUAUCGACACUUGGACUCAAAAGCUGGAGAGCUAUACGCAAUUCUUUGAGCAAGAUGUGGCCUAUGGCACAAAUGAAAAGCUGCGACGUGGUCAGCCCAUUAACUCGGAAACACUUUUCGGCUUGGAGGGCUCCUUUAGAAAAUUGGACAUUGAUUAGUUCUUAUGGUUCAGUACACAAUUAAG